CCAUCAUUUGUGAGUAUACGCUGGAGUUUUUUUUUAAACAGGUAUAUCUUUCGAACAUAAUCUAUAGAUGAUAUAUGUGUUGCAUUCAUUGACCAACAUUAGGAAACGCCUCACUUGCAUGUACAUAGGGGUAGAGAGUGGAGGCAGAGGAACCAGAAACAGGGUCAAAACAGAGCACAAAUGAAACCAGAGGAGGAUCAGAGACAUGAUAAGCAGACGGUGCCCAAAGGUACAUGUCAGACCAUGUGUCCUGCUCAUGAACUGCGGGCUCGUGAAAGACAGAAACGACUCCACCGUUUUGAGAUCCUUCAAGGGACAGAAAAUGAAAGAUGCCCCAGGGGAGAUCCAUUGCAUGCUGUGAAAGAGUAUUCCAGACCAGCAGCUGGGAAAGAUGCAACAAACCCUGCUGAUCUACGUCCAACACCAGUCCUGCUCAAAACUGUGUGUUACCUUAUUAAUGACGUUGCUGCUAGCCCAGAUUUACAUCCAUGGACUGAGGUUUACAGCUUUGUUUUUGAUCGACUCCGUGCUGUGAAGCAGGACAUGAUCAUCCAAAGGGUGUCUGGUCCUGACUGUGUGUCUAUUUUGGAACGGGCAGUGCGCUUCUUAGUCUAUGCAUCUUUUCGUCUUUGUGGUGAACCCUUGGGGCUGUAUGACCCUAGCAUUAAUGACACACAUCUGCAAGAGAAUCUCAGCUGGCUUUUGGAUUGCUACGCAGUGGGAACUGAAUCGUAUCCCAAUCAGGAAGAAUUCCAAGCUCUGGGACUUCUGUACAACCUAGGUUCAAGUCGUGCUGCUCAACACAUCAUGGAGCUCCCAGAGCGUCUCCGCAGCGGUCCGACCAUCAGGCUUGCUCUCUCCAUCAACCGGGCUUUUCGUGAGAGAAAUCCUGUGCGUUUACUUCGACUGGCUCAUAAGUUAAACUUCCUGCAGUAUUGUGCGCUCCAUCGCCACCUGGUGACCUGUCGUAGAGACCUGCUGCUUGUGUAUAGCCACGGAUACAGCAGCCGUAACUGUUGCUUCUCUCUCGACAAUCUAGCUCUGCUCUUAUUCCUAGACAAGUCACUUACAGCUCAGCUCUGUCGGAGUCAUGGAGUGGAGGUCACUAAGGACAACCACGUGGUGUUCUCUAAGUCCGCCUUCACUGAGCCAGAACAAGGGAAGACGCAGUGCAAACUGUAUCACAGCACAGUUGUUGAGAAACAGAGAGACCUCGAUGUUGGCAGUAUAAUUGAUGGCAGUGCCUGAGAUGAAUGGAACUUUUUCAUUCAUGCAAAUGAUGUCUAUUAUAAUGAAACUGAAUACCUGGUCCUUUUUUAAAACGUGUGCCUGGAAUUGCAGUGCAGAAAUUGCAGUGCAGAAACUGUUUACUCAUUGGACACAAUGAAUGCAAUUUUGAUCGUAUUUCUAAACUUUUGUGCAUUUUAAUUGUGAGUUUUAGGACCGUACCUAAAAGUGCCAUCACACCCUCAGACUAAGUCAUGGUUGAAGAUAUGUUUUUAAAUUGUCACAUGGAAAAUGAACAUUAUGGUAUAUAGGUAUAUUUAAAAGCUGUGAUGAACAACAUACUAAUACUUUUAUUAUUUCUGCACUGUAAAUAAAGAUAAGUGGUAAAUAAAGUAAAAUUUAUAGUAAAC